GGUUCUUAUUCGCACGAAUCUUAUCCUUCACAUUCGCUUUUUAUGACAGUGCGAAUAGGACUAGAUCCAUGCGGAUGACAUCCGUCGGAUACCGAAAUAGGCAUGAUUAUCCUUUCAGAAGUGAUUUUAAUCAAAAUAAUUUUUUUUUAAUCCACCAGGGCUUGGAAACCAUUCCAGAUGAAGAUAAAUAAACGCCGUGUAAAUAUUCAAUUUAAUCACGUAUCUAGUGUAAUGUAAACGAAUAAUAUGUAAUAAAAUAUGUAAAGCCAACCUACAUUUUUCUUAACUUAUCUUCUAACAUAAAGUCAGCUGUUGCCGUAAAUAAUUUUCGUCCUUUUUUCGUAGUCCUUUGCGCAGUGUAAAACAUCCCUGUUUUGGUGGAAAACCACCCCUAGCAAUACCUACUAUUAAUUAUCCUCCCAGUUGUCAUUUACAGUUCGUAAGGCGUCUUCAAAAGACAGAAAAAAUAAUUGCAAUAUUUUUCAUUACACUAUAUUAAAGAAAAAUAGCAAAAGAAUUGCUAAAAAAUAUCAAUAACUUGUUACCUAAGUUGUGCACAACAUUUUUAUUAACAAAAAUGUUAAAAAUGUGUCGUAAAAACUUGUGAAAAACUUAGUUUUCACUUUACACAUCGACAAGCACAACGAUGAAGUGCGCGAGCAUUGUGCAAAAGGGGGCGCAGCCAACAGAAAACACCAGAAGCAGCUCAACUUUUGGUGUGGGAAGUGUUGGCGCUUGUGGCGUUAGUCUUAAGCGGAAAUGUGGCAAAGGCGGCAAUUUUGCUUUGGGCUACUUUAUUGGUGGUUGCUGUUUUCGUAUUCGGACUUUUGUUUUGCUCGCGGUGGCUGCGGUAUUUUUGUUUACAAUCGGCUGCUCCAAUACUGCUGCUGCAACUAGUUCACUGAAGGCAGUAUUGGAGGAUGAUAGUGGGACAGCAGGCGGACGCCAUCAGCAUCAUCACCAUCAAUAUAGCGCGGUGAAUGCUGAGAGAUGGCGUGAGCACGAAUACGAGGAGAAGGGCUAUUGUGCGCCAUACAAUGGUAAAAUUUGUAAGCAAUAUAUAAGCGGACAGGUGUGGUAUAGCCGUGAAGACCCAACGGGUGGGUGGAAGAAUGAGCAGAUAACGACCGCCUUAUGGGAGGAAUUAAUUGCAGAUCUGGCCGGAUUAUGUCGUGUGGCAGCUGAGAAAAUACUAUGCGCCUAUGCUUUUCCUCACUGUCAAACUGAAAAUGGACGCCCAAUUAAGGUGCCGCUUUGCUAUGAGGACUGCACGGCAACUCAUCUACAAUUCUGCUACAAUGACUGGGUAUUGAUUGAAGAAAAGAAGGAGCGAAAUAUAUUUUUAAAGAGUCGUGGACAUUUUCGACUGCCCAACUGUGGUGUGCUGCCAAGAUAUAAUGCCACAGCUAAGAAACCGAAUUGUUCAUAUAUUGGACUCACCGAGAUCAAAGAAGAUGAAAUAAGCUAUGAUUGUCGCAAUGGCAACGGCCGCUACUACCUUGGUACCGUAAAUGUUACGAAAACAGGUUUACCCUGCCAACGCUGGGAUGUACAACAUCCACAUAAACAUAUCCAACCGCCGCAGGUGUUUCCACAAAUAGCCGAAGGUGAAAAUUACUGCCGCAAUGCCGGCGGUGAAGAACCCUAUCCCUGGUGCUAUACACUAGACGAAUCUGUGCGUUGGCAACAUUGUGAUAUACCACUCUGUCCCGACUACAUUGAUCUCACUGCCAAAGAUCUUAACACACCCAUAAAAAUGGAAACUUUCUUCACUCCAUCAAUGAUCUUCUUACUUGCCGGCAUCGGCUUCGUUGGCAUCGUUGCACUGCAUUUGAUUAUUUUACUGGUACACAAAAUUUCGAGACACA